GCGGGCUCCGGACUUCAGCGCAGUUACCUCUCCGUCGAUCCCCAGUUCGUCACCAUGAGUAACGCGGCCCCGAACAUGCGGCUCCGGCUGCCGCUGCUUUGCAUCUCGCUCCAGGUCCUGCUCGUGAUCCUCUUCGCUCUGUUCGUCCGCUACGACGAGCACACUGACGCCAUGAAGUGGUUCGAACUGAGGUCGCGAAAUCACACGCCCAAUUCGGAGAACGAGUUUUACUUCAGGUACCCCAGUUUCCAGGAUGUGCACGUUAUGAUCUUCGUGGGCUUUGGAUUCCUCAUGACCUUCUUGAGGAAGUACGGAUACAGCAGUGUGGGCUUCAACUUCCUGCUGGCCGCCUUCUCGCUGCAGUGGGCCACGCUGGUGCAGGGCUGGCUACAUGGCCUCGGGGAAGACGGCAAGAUCCACAUCGGCAUAGAGAGUAUGAUUAACGCGGACUUCUGCACCGGAUCCGUCCUCAUCUCGUUCGGAGCGCUGCUGGGCAAGUGCACCCCCGGGCAGCUCCUGGUGAUGACAGUCUUCGAGGCGGCCUUCUUUCCUAUCAAUGAGUAUAUCUUGCUCUCCCUGCUGCAGAUUAAGGACGCGGGCGGCUCUAUGACAAUCCACACCUUCGGCGCUUACUUCGGGCUGACCAUCACCCGGGUUCUAUACCGGCCUCAGCUGGAGAAGAGCCGUCACCGGGAGAAUCCCGUCUACCACUCCAACCUCUUCGCCAUGAUCGGUGCCAUCUACCUCUGGAUGUUCUGGCCCAGCUUUAACUCCGCCGUCACCAGUCUGGGCAGCGCUCAGCACCGCACGGCCCUCAACACUUACUACUCGCUAGCCGCCUGUACUCUCUCCACCUUCGCCGUUUCCAGCAUCGUGCACGGCGAGGGCAAACUGGACAUGGUUCACAUUCAGAACGCGGCCCUGGCGGGGGGUGUGGCCGUCGGCACGGCCGGAGAGAUGAUGAUCUCCCCUUACGGCUCCAUGAUCGUUGGAUUUCUUUCGGGCGUCAUCUCCACUUUGGGUUUCCACUACUUGACGCCCAUCCUGGACUCCAAGUUGAAAAUCCAGGACACGUGCGGCGUGCAUAAUCUCCAUGGGAUGCCCGGGAUCCUGGGAGGAACGGUGGGAGCCAUCGCCGCCUCUCUGGCCAGCAAAGAGAUUUAUGGGGAUGGGCUGCAGGAUGUCUUCCCUCUACUGGACAACGAGCGGUCAGCGAAGGAGCAGGGACUUUUCCAGGCGCUGGGUCUCGUCGUCACCCUGGCGUUCGCCUUGAUCGGAGGGGUUAUAGUGGGAUUUGUGAUGAAACUGCCGAUCUGGGGAGCCCCGCCGGACACGCAGUGUUUUACCGACCAGCCGUACUGGGAACUUCCCGAGGACGACAGCAACCACAGCGAGAUGGUGCCGAUGAAGCCGGAGGAAGCCGAGAAAAUCGCCUAACCAUCCCAUCUGAUGUUCGCCGACGCCGAUUAAAACAGCCGGAUAAUCUCCGGGCAAUAUAAUACUUUGUUUAUUCCAAGUUAUCUAACGGUCUUUUUAUUUGUAUAUACAAAACAUAAACCAACACAUACUGCCUUUUAUUGUACAUGCCGCCCGAUCUUCAAUAA